AUGGCGGACUCUGGGCCUUCACCAUUGACAGCCUUUGCCGAGGCGAUCGGUUCCAAGCUGCCGCCGCUCACCUUGCCCAAGGAGUGCUACACCACCUUCGUGCUGCCCAAGGGAAAGCCGUCCUGUGGCCUGGUAUGGAUGCAUGGCCUCGGGGAUGAUGAGUCUGGCUGGGCUGACGCAUUGGAAGAGACCUUCGACGUGAAGGGCUUACGAGGGGCUUCUUGCCGAUUCCUUUUGCCGCGUGCCCCGCGACAACGAGUUACAUGCAAUGGCGGCUCAGUGAUGACGAGCUGGUUUGAUUUCCAGAAGCUGCCUCUUUCCGCCGACGACGCCGCGAAAUUUGGUUGCUCCUUGGAGGAAGCCGUGGCGUCGUGUGGUCGAGUCCAUGCCGCGAUCGACACGCUCAUCGCUGAAGGCAUUCCAGCCGAGCGGAUCGCGGUUGGUGGGUUUUCGCAAGGUGGUUCUAUGGCAAUGCUUUCAACGCUUACGUAUCCCAAGCGCUUGGCCGGCGUCAUCGUCUUCAGUGGCUUGUGCUUCUAUGGCGACCAUGUGGAGAAGUUAGCUGCCUCACCGCAAUGUGCUGGCUUGAAGGUGUUCUGGGGCCAUGGAAGCAAGGAUACUGUUCUCCAUCCAAGUCUGCAAGACCUGGGAGUGGAUGCAUUGCGACGAGCAGGUGCAACGGUGGAGGCUAAGAAGUACGUGGUCGAACAUGGCAACACCCAGCAGGAGAUGGACGAUGCGGCAGCCUUCUUCGCGUCUCUCUUUGAGGCGUAG